UUUAUUAUUUUUAUAGGUUUUCUUUAACUGCGAGUUUAAUUUACAAAAAAAUAAAUAACCUCAAGCCACGUCAUAUAUUGAUGAUUUUAUGAAAUUAUAACGAAGGAAGUGAAUUAAUAAGGAUCCAAGUUCUUCGCAUCAUCCCCUUGUACUCUCGGUUUGAGAAAGCGAGAGAGAGAGCUAGUGGAAAAGUGAGCGAGAAAGAGACAAGGUCACGACGCCGGGGUCUAGUGUGUACAAUAUAUAUCUGGCUGCCUAGAGCACGGUGCACGCACGCACGCACGCACACAUACAUACAUACAUACGCACACAUACGCGCGCGCGCGCGCAAGCAGAAAAUAGUGGCAGGACAGGGGCGGCGAGAAGCCACCGGAUCGGCGGUGAGACGACGACGAUUAUAGGUUAGGUAGCUCUGCGUUGCUGCCUUCUCGUUGUCUCGCUCUCUCUCUCUCUCUCGACACUCUUUCGGCUCUGCCGUUCUCUACUCCGCCGCUGGCCGAGGAGCGCUCAGUUGGGCGCGCGUCUCCGGCGCAGCAACACACGAUCAUGGAUAUAAUAUCAGUGGGUCUACAGAAGAGCCUCGUGGCCACGCAGCAUAAACUGUGGAUGGCCAUCAAGGAGCAUCAGAAGUGUUCGCAGAAACUAUCUGGCAAUCCCAAUGACCCACAGGACAAGCAUUUGCAGGCGCGGAUGAAGAUGAUCGAGAUUAAAAUCCUGGAGAUCGACAGGUGGCAGAAAGAUCUGUACUGCCAGCUGCGCAAGGAAAUAGCGGCGCUGAACUCGGAGACUGCCCUACAUGAAACCAAGCUCUGGUUGGCAGAAGCUUUGCAGCUGAACAACAACCACAUUAUCCGUAACGGCAGUAAUGCCAGCCUCGUCAACGGCCACGCGAGCAGUAGCAGUAACGUCAGCGAGGAUGAGGAACCACCACCGCCUCCGCAACAGAACGGCGUCACAGCAUCGCCUUUUGAAGGCCAACAUAGUCCAACGAGCUUCAAACAAGGCCGAGAAGCGUCGACGUCAGGCUCGGCAGACGAGGAGGCGGAAUGCAGCCCGGAAGCGUUGAGCGAGGAGGAGACGCCCGGAGCAUCUCUGGCAGUCGAGGCUGAGAACAAGAAGUGCUUCUUGGGUCGCAUCGGACUGAUAAGCCACGAGCGACUCGGCGAGAUCGAGCGGCGCAGGAACCAACGCAAGCGACGCAGCAACGUGCGCUCGCAAUUUCUCUACAGUGCACCUCAGCCACCGCAGAAGCGCAAGCGAUACGCGUACCUGCAGUCCGGCAAUGCGCCGCAGACUCGACAGACGACGGCCCGGCUGAACGGCCCGUCGCCGACGCCGACGACCAAAUCCACCGGCCGUGGCAGCGGCUCGAGCAAGCAGAGCACCAGCAGCAAACCGCUGAUCCAACCCGCGAAAACUGCCGCAGCGACUGGCGGCAGCGUGAUGCGCAACGGCGAGGUCACCAAGCACAAGGAAUUCUCGAUCAAACAGAAGACUGACAAUGGCAACGGCACGAUGAAGAUCUCGUCGACUGGCAAGACCGUGCACAUACCUGGGCUCCCAUCCAGCCUCACCGUUGAAUGGAUCGACAAGGAUUCGACCGUUUGCGUCUCCUGUCGAAACCCAGGCUCGUUAACGAUGUGCGAGGCGUGCGCGGCCAAGUUCCACGUCUCCUGUCACACCACCUCGCCGGUGUCGACGAGUCACUGCCCGAAGUGCGUGACCCGCUUCCCCGUGAAGGCUAUUGGCUCCGGCAACGAUCUCGAGAUCCUCAGGCACGAGGUGAAGCACGUGAAAAAGGAGUACCGGGACAAAGGAGCAGCAGGUGAAUCGUCACGAGCUCACGGCAAAGGAGGAGAGAACUCGGAGUUGCAUAAAGCGCUUGGUGAACUUUAUAAGGCUGAUGCAGCUCAGGCCAGGCAACAGCAGCAGCAGUCCCUCGCUGCCUUCGACAUCAAGCAGCAGCUGCCCUCCUCGACCCUCCUCAUACCCAUCACCAGCUCUGCCGUCACUAUCGCCUCAACGGCAACGGCAUCACAUGAUGACGACAAUUCCAAUUUCGGAUCCAACUCUGGGUUCGGCAACGACAUGGCCGAAAUUGUCAGGCAACUUCCCGAGACUAGCGUUACCACCGGAGCAGCAUCGAGAAACGAAUGGCGAAGACUGGCGCUCCAAUCCUCGGGACUCGUACAAAGACGAUCAAGUAAUGCGGGUACCUCAAUCCAUUCAAAACAAUCAAUAUCCAUACUGCACCACGAAGGGCCUGAUGGAACUUCCAGAAGUACGUCAAGCGAGCGACAUAAAUAUCAGCGACAUACAUAUGUACGACGAUUUCCGAAUGAGCCGCCCCCGUCCGUGGACUGGAUCAUCUUGCCCGAGCCCGCCAAGCCCUCGUCCACUAAGCCCCGCAAUUAUGUCACUGUCGAGGUCACCUGCAGCGACCACGAUAACCGAACCAACGACGCUGCCAGCAAAAAUUCUGCCGAUGGCUACACUGUGUCCGAAAGCACCCACGGAGUUCCAGACCUCAUCGACUUGGAACCACAACCGAGAGUCGAAGAGCCUACACGGCAAGAACCUGAAGUAUUUAACGUCUCUUCCGGAAGUUCAGAGCUCAACACCAUCUGCUCAUCCGAAACAGAACUUGAACCACAACCCGAACUCGAAGCCGAAUCUACAUCAGAAUGUAAAUCAACAGCUACAACAGAAGAAAAAUCAUCGUACGAUGAUCUUGAAACUGCAGCCAAAUCACCUGAAUCAACUCCAUCGUCAUCCAAACAAAAUGAAGAUCAUACCACCGACGUUGCCCGACAGUCACCUGCACCCAAAGAACAUCAGCAGCAAAAACAAUCUGUCAACGUCGGCAAUCGAGAUUUCCUCAGCACAGUCUUCCCUGGUGAGUUCGGUUACCGAAUUGUUAUCCAGUACGAUCCACGACGAGAUAUCAGCUCAAGUGAUGACGGCGCCGAUGGUGAGAACACAAACAUUGAGUACGGAGAACAGCAACAACACGUGAAACUGGAAGAAGCGCAUCUGCCAGCGCCACUUGGACCAGAGCUGAAAACAGCAGUUCCUAACAAUAAGUCUGACGCCGCUACGAGCCAAGACUUCACCAGUGUCGAAAAGCCAACAGAGCAGAGUGAGCCAAUUGUGACGGCCGACUGAAAGUUUGUUUCCGAGAAACGAUCGAACUUUUUACAAAGAGUUCGUUUUUUGUCUUUCCAGUUGGAAAAAUUCGUUGUGGGGACUUUAUUCUAGAUGGACAAUGUGUACCGCGUAACAUAAUUGAUUGCAAUCAAAACUGAAAAGAAUAAUUGACAUUUCCCGGUCUCUUCGAUUGGAUUUUCCAAUAACUUGUACAGAAUGAUAUUAGUGAGAUUUUACAGAUGAUGCAUGCGCUUCGACCAAAGCGAUGUGAAAGUUGUAUGUGCAUAUAAAGUUAAUAAUUCUGAAGUAGUCGGUUCAACUUUCAUGUGAAAUUGAAAAGUGCGAAGUUCGCGAUUGAAUAGAUUUUUAUUAAUUUAACCUUUGACUAUGUAAAGCUAAACCUUUGUAUGACAUACAUUCCGCAUGAUUGCUACGUGUUCAGGCUAGAAAAUUUUUGAUUUUUCGUCAAAUUUAAAAUGAUUUUUAAAUAUUUGAAUUGAAUCAAAUAAAUUAAUUUAAUAUAUAGUUGGCUAUUGCUAGAAUAGUUACAGCUUUUGUUGAUACUUAUUAGGAUGUUUAAAUUAAUUUCAUAACUUAUACUGAAAAUAUCGAUCGUCAUACAACUUUAUAAAGCCGUAAUCAUUUCACUAUUCAUUGUUUUUUCAAAUUUGAAUACCUUUACGCACAUAUCUAAGCGACAAAGUUACAGGCACACUUAUUUUGAAAAUCUUAUGACUAAAUUCGUAAAACAGUUAUUGUAAAUAAAAUGUCAUGAUUUUAUGUAGCUGCAUUUUUGUUAUAAAAAUAAUUUUUAUAACUAUUUUAUUACGUAAAAGUUGCUAUUUAUCAAAUUACAGUAUAUUAUUCAAAGUUGCCUGAUCUUUCUUUAUAAUAGCUCAAUGUGAAAUCGUGAAUUAUUUUAGUACAAAGUAAUUAAUUACAUUGCAAGAAAAUUAUGAUAAAAAAAUGUCGAUGAACAUUUUUAGUAUUUAGAUUAAAAAUUAUACAAAGUUUUGUAAUUGAAAGAAUUAAAAUUGAGUCACAUUAGAUGUGAUUUCCCUAUUGUUUCCGUUUUUAUUAAAAAAAAUUUUAUUUUAUAAAAUUGAAGUGAAAUCGUAAUGCCAUACUGCCUUAAUAGUUUAAAAGUUAGUCCUACUACGUGAAAUUGAUCCAGGAAGUCGUAACUGCCUGCCGAGGCAAAUAAGCAAAGUAAAUAAUUUGUUUACAAUCGCAAACAAAAAUGUGAGUUCAGUGAAGUAACAAAAUGAUCGCAAUCGGUUUGAAGCAAAAAUUGUCUCAUGUGUAAAUAUCAACUAUUUAGUUGUAAGAAAGUUGACAAUUAUAGAUGAACAUACUUUAGACCGUUACCUGUCUUUUUAUACUUAAAUGUAUUUAAUAACCAAUCAUGCCAACGCCUACGUUUUGUGAGUUUUAUAAACUAAGGCAUGAGAGUGUAAAUUGUUUUGUAUUUCAACGAAUGGAAUAGGUAAACUACAAAUAUUUCCGUAAUACUUGAAAGAUUUAAAUCAUGCGUUUCUUCAAACUUGAAUUAAUUAUAAGUUCGGAAGAAUGAUGCCGUCAUUACUUUUUUUAUUGUCUUGAUACAAUUAUGAUUAUGGUUAUAUUGUAUAGAGUUAUGUUUAUUGUAACAUCAGUUACUAUUGGAAUUACGUUAAUAUUUUAUUUGUUAAUUCCUUUGAAGUCUUCAGUUAAAAAGUUUUCAAAUCGAUGAAAAUUGUGCAUUGGUAAAAAUGAAAAUCACAUUGUUAGUAUUCGCUAGCGUUUGCGAUUUACUAUUAUUGAAUUAAUAUUUUUAUCAAUAAAUUAAGGUAAU